ACCCAGACGAGGCUAACAGAGGCUCCAGCAUGUUUAGUUUGGUGUAACCAGGUUGCUGCAGAGAAUCACUUCUGUGUAUCAGAAGUUUUACCUGCUUUAAAAAAGGACAGAGAACUAAAUCAGGUUUUCCAUAUUUUUCCGAAAUGUUUCUUCUCGUCUUCUCCACCUUUCCAGGUUUGGUCAGAAGCUGCUGAGCGCGUGGCUCAGGUCCCCGUGACCCCGUGACCCCGCUGCUGAUGCAGCUGAAACGGGCCUCCGUGUUUCCACCAGAACAAAAGGCCUCCACGCUCCGCGGCACAAACAGCUCCGGGACAAAGCAGGCCGUGUUUCCAGAACUCCGUCUCCCCAUAAAUCCCGGAGGCGAGCCGCCAUGGGGGGUUUGACCGCAGGAGCCACCGAGCGCCAUGCCUCUGCCUCGACGCCACUCUUCCUUCCUGGGACAGUCGUCCUCCGAGCGCCCGGCCGCCGCCUCCAGCGGGAGGACGAGCGCAGUCGGCGCCACGAUGCCCCGCGGCGCGCCGGUGGGGCCGGGAGCCGCCUGCGGCCUGGGGACGCGGGUUUCCCGCCGGGCUCUGGGCAUCAGCAGCGUGUUCCUGCAGGGGAUGAGGAGCUGCGCUGCGCCGGUGCUGCCCCGGGCCGCGGGCGGCGGCGCCACGGGCCUCAACAGCUGCCUGAUGGAGUACCGGGACAAAGUCCGGGCGCUGGAGGAGCUGAACCGGCAGCUGGAGCAGCAGAUCCGCCUCAGCCUGGACCGCAAGGCUGCCAGCGCCGGGGCCUGGGGGCCGCUGCGCAGGGAGUGGGAGGACAUCUACCGGCAGGUCAGUGAAGCCAUCCUGGAAAACGCUCGGCUGAUGCUGCAGACGGAGAACGUUCAGGCCAACGCCGAAGACUUUAAAGAAAGGCUGGACAGCGAGGCGUCCCUCAGGACGGCGGUGGAGGACGAGGUCGGCUCGCUCCGCCGGGUGAUGGAGGAGGCGGCCGUGACGAAGGUGGAGCUCGAGGAGCGGAUGGAGAGCAUGAAGGCGGAGCUGCGGCGCCUGGAGAGCCGCCAUGAGCAGGACGUCCGCGCCCUCUACAGCCGGACAGCCGGACGGGACGUGGACGAACCCGACGCUCCUGUGGAAACGGGUCUGGACCGGAUCCUGGCCCACAUCCGGACCCACUGGGAGGAGCUGACGGAGCGGAACCGGGCCGACACCGACGGCUACCUGGAGUCAAAGGAGGCGCCGUGCGCGGCCAGCCGUCUGAGUGCGGAGGAGCAGCAGGCGGAGGCGCUGAAGGCAGAGUGCAGCGACGUGAGCUGCAGGAUCCAGAGUCUCCAGGCUGAGACGGAGUCCAUCAGGGCGCUGAAACGAGGCCUGGAGAACUCGCUGACUGACGCCCGCCACUGGCACGACGUGGAGCUGCAGAACCUGGGCUCAGUGGCGGCGCGGCUGGAGGCGGAGCUUAGCGAUGUGCGGAGCGAGAUCGAGCAGCAGCGUCGCGACUUCGACAUGUUGCUAAGCAACCGGCAGAGGCUGGAGCAGCAGAUCGGCCUGUACCACGGCAUCCUGGACGGAGAGGAGGACCGCUUCCUGCCAAGCAACGCGCCGCCGUGAGUCACGGCAACACAGGGCAACGGCGACACUUGGCAAUAACACAUA